AUGAGCUCCUUAAACAUCUCUGAUGGAUUCCAAGAUAUUUCUGCGCGAGCUUUUGCGAAUGCAGUUAAUAAGACCGCUUGGUGGCUGUAUAGCCAAAUUGGGGAAAACAACGUUGUGCAGACAGCGGCUUACAUUGGACCUCAAGAUGACCUCCGGCACGUCCUGUUGACAUAUGCAUGUGUCAAGGUCGGUUGCACUGCAUUAUUUUUGUCCCCUAGAAAUAGCAUCGAAGGUGCGCUCGCAGUGCUUGAAGCUGCAAAAUGCAGCACCUGGGUCAAACCGUACGGGUAUUCGUGUCCUCUGGCAGAUGACAUCCUGCAGAAGCGCAGUAUAAAGGUGCUCAUUCUCCCAGAACUAGACGAAAUGCUCAAUGCCGAUCCAAUCACGUUGUAUCCAUAUGACAAGACCUUCGAAGAAGCUUCUGGGGACCCGUUCUGUUUACUUCAUACCUCUGGGUCGACUGGCCUUCCGAAGCCGAUUACGUGGUCGCACGGUCUUAUCGGUACAAUGGAUGCUGUGCGGCUACUCCCACGCGUCGAAGGGGAUGACGGGCUGUUGCCGUGGACAGACAAUUGGAACGAGGGAGAUAGAAUAUACUCGUCGUUUCCAAUGAGCCACGGCGCCGGUAUCAUCAUGAAUAUUCUCCUGCCGUCUCUCUUUGGUCUGCACUGUAUCAUGGGCCCUAAAGGUGUGGUGCCUAAUAUGGACCUAAUUGAGUCACUUGCCGAUCAUGCAAAUAUCGCUAUUUGGAUCAUGGUUCCGUCGUUAGUCGAUGAGCUAGGCGAAACGCCGGAUGUCUUAAUCAAGCUGAAGCCGUCCAAAUUCAUCUGCGCUUCUGGUGGCCCGGUUAGCCCUAUCCUCGGAUCAAAGGGUAACGAUGUGGUUCGAGUUUUAAAUCUAACGGGCACUACAGAAGGCCUGUUCAUCGGGAACCUGUGGAUAGAAAGACAAGACUGGUACUAUUUUUCCUUCCAUCCAUUUUCUGGGUUUGAGUUUAGGGAAGUAGAACCAGGCAUCUAUGAGCAUUGGGUACAUAGCAAUACCCACUGGCCCCUAUUUCAGGGCAUCUUCCAUACUUUACCAAACGAGGCGAGCAUUAACCUCAAAGACCUCUAUAGCAAACACCCUACCAAGCCGAAUCUAUGGGCAUUUCAGGGUCGCAAUGAUGACAUUGUUGUGUUAUCUAAUGGCUACAAGAUAUCGCCGUUGGAAACAGAGGCUUUGGUCAGCACGCACCCUGAUAUCAAGGGCUGUUUGAUGGUCGGAACAGGCAAGCGUCAGGCGGGUUUGCUCAUUGAGCUUCAAGACUCAACUUCCAGGACCAACGAGGUGUUGGACAGUGUCUGGGCUGCAAUUGAACGUGCCAAUGCAUUGUCUUUGCAUAAAAAUCAGGUGCAAAGGGAUUACGUCGCAUUUGCCGAGUUUGAUAAGCCUUUUAUCCGCACUGACAAGGGAACGAUCGAGCGAAGAGCCACGCUCGAGGCAUAUGGUGAUUUCAUCGAACGCUUCUACAGUUCACGAAUGGAAAAAGACCCCGAGUUUAUAGCUAUUGACACCAGCUCUAUUGCUUCGGUCACAGAUGGUGUCCGUCAUAUUUUAGAUACUCUGUCACCUGCGGUUAAGGAGGCGGCACUUGACGACAACCUAUUCGUUAAAGGCUUGACUCAAUGCUGGUUUUCCGUGCUAUCAAGUCUCUGUGAGCAGCUACCAAGCUUGUUCUCUGCAAUGUUGGUUCAGCUCGCAAUCGGCAUGCACAGGAAGACAAGCAACGAGGCAUCUUCGGGUGAAGCGGCUACAGACGGUGCAGCCGAGAUGUACCGGAUGAUAGAUUUACACCGCGCGCGUCUGUCACAGAGAGUGAGCCCGUUUGAUCAGAUGAGCCCCAACAUUUAUCUAGGGAUGAAGUUCUUCUACCGGCUCCGCAAGGGCGUGCGGUUUGAAGACGUCUUCGCACGAUUGCAAACAGGGCUACGUCGUGCCAUGGAAAUCAUUCCUGAGCUUGAUGGCAAACUGAUACCCUGCUCAGAGGAUGAGAUAGGGUAUAAGAAGGGUAGUAUGCGUAUUACACUUCCUCCAGUGCCUUAUACUUCGAAGACCAACCAAAGCGCCGAGUCAUCUGGACCACGACAGCUUCGAUACGAAGACCUUUCGGUGGUGCUCUCGUCCUUCGCUGAACUCCGUGCCGGUGGUUUUCUGUGUUCAAGCUUUGUAGACGACAUUGUACUCGCUUCUCCGCUGGCGCCGUCACUGCCGGCCGACGUGUUCAUGGCGCAGGCCAACUUCAUCCAUGGUGGUUGCAUCUUGGCCAUUGACUUUCACCACCAAUGCUUUGAUGGUACGGGAGCCAUCAUGGUGAUGCGUAUCUGGGGCGAUUGUUGCCGUCAUACGCAAGGCGAAGCCACGGCAACUUGCGACUGGCUGGACAAGCAGAGUAUGAACCGCAGUAUUCCGCAAAUCCUCCACGAGUUGGAAGGAUAUGCAAAACCGGCUGAUCAAGUAGACAAGAACGUAUGGGGUUUCAUCGACAUCCCAGACCCGGCCGAGAUAGAGAACGGGACUCAGGUCAAGAGCUUCAUGAACGAGUCGACGCUCCCUCCGGCUCCAUUCUUCCCUCGGAAGUUCGAAUGGCCACCGACCCGCCCUACUCAUGGCCGGCCCAUGAAAGCAUACACCUUUGUCAUGUCGACAGAAAUGGUCGAGAAGCUUUGGCGAGAUGUGCUGGCUGACCCUACAGCUGAGGGCGUGACAUCGGUCAGCGAUAUGAUCCAAGCGUUCGUCUGGCGUUCAGCCAUCAAAGCGCGUUAUCAUGUGGCGACUCAUUUGCGCUGCGAGACCUUUGAUGAAGAUGAAAUGGCCAUAGUUGAGUUGCCUAUCGAUGUCAGACCCUAUUUCUCAAAGCUGCUACCUGAGUCGUACAUGGGUAAUCUUGUCAUCAUCAACCGGCCGAGUAUGCCUGUGGCAACGCUCUGUGGCACAGGCACAACAGUCGGGCAGGUUGCCCAGGUGUUCCGCGCCGCGGCGGUACACAUCAAAACUUCAUUAGUUCACGAUGCAUUCACGCUGCUGCAGUCGGUACCUGACUACACCAAGGUGACUACCGCGUGCAUGGGGAUGGACGGGAUGCAUUUUGCAGUUAACAACUUGAUGCUUUUCCAAACAAGCGCUAUCUCCUUUGGAGACGAGUUACUGGAUGACGGCGGCGUGCCGGCAGCGAUGCGCAUACAGAUGGAUUCUAUCAAUGCGGCAUUCCGGAUGGCGGUUAUACAUCCACUGCGCGAGGACGGAGGUAUCGAGUUUGUCGUUGGUAUGCUGCCAGAAGAACUUGAUGCGAUACUAGCAGAUGGCAAGUUUACUAGGUAUUGCAGGCUUAUAGGUUAA